UUCUUUGACAAAACGUGUUUACAAAUCGCUCAUGUAUCGGUAUCAAAAUCUGCGCUUUUCGUCACAUAGUAAUCCCAAAUUGACUUUAAAUUAAUUUGUUUGUUCAAUUUUAUUGUGAUUUAUUUGUUGGUUAAAAUAUGAUUUCCACAUCUAAACGUCCAUGUAAAAGCUGUUGCAAUGAUUGCAUUCGUCUGAUAAAGAAACCGAAAAUGGCCUUGUAUCUAGACGAUUAUACACCGGUUCGUACAAUUGAAGUCUUAAACAUCGGGGACAAUAUCUCUGUCGAAUAUCUCCGUGGGUAUUUUGAAUUUGCAGUUGGAAUGGGACAGGUGACUGACGUCACCAUUGCUAGUCGAGAUUCUGAGUGCAACAAAAUAAUUCGCGUUGCUUACGUGACUUUUCUUCUACCGGAAUACGCUGCUAUGUUUCUUGGUAGCCAAAAUUUGCCAUUCACAGCAUUCACAGUUCAACAAGCUGACACGGCUUAUCAACCUAAACUCGAUCCUACUGUUUUGAAACUUGAGGAUCUUAAUGAUCACUGCCUAUUGCAUAUUGCGUCAUACUUGCUUCCAAUGGACACAGUCAACUUAAGUCAGACCUGCAAACGACUGAAAUCGAUCGAUGCACUCAUGUUCCGAAAGUAUCGAGACUUUUCGUGCGACAAUAAUGGAUCAGAAGAGGAUAUUCCAGCUAUACUGCAAGCGAUAUCACCAUAUAUUAAAUGCAUUCAUUGGCGAUCUAUAUAUCCUGUACAAUUAGAAUGCUUCCCGAAAUAUUGUGGUAAUGUCAAGAAAUUGACAUUGCAGUAUCCGCUUCUUACCAACGAUGAUAUCAUAGGUACAACAUAUUUCAAAAACAUCGAGUCAUUCGAACUUAGUUCCGAAUUCUUGGGUGAUGUUGGUAUGACGACACUAGUCACAUCAAUGAAUCUAAAAACACUUAAAUUGCGGCGCUGUAGAGGAAUUGUAGGAUCAUUUUUCGAUCAAUGGACGGAUUGUCGAUUAAAAAUUCUGGAAAUCGAUUAUUCUCCUGCUAUUCGCAGCAGAUUCUUGGACACAUGUAACACCGGUCGAUUCAAUACCUUGGUUGAGUUGAUCCUUGACUGCGAAGCGUUGACUGCUGAAAAAUUUGAUUUGUUGCAAUCACUUAAAAACGUUCGCAGUUUAACAUUGAAAAAUGUUGAUAAUCAAUUGGCCAAACACGUGUACUCUUCACUACAUACGCACCUACCUAGACUUGUUACCCUUGUACUGUUUACGGGGCCAAAUGUGGAAGCAAAAUUAAAAUCAAUUUUGAAUAUGAUGACUUCGCUGCUGGAUUUGACUCACUUUUCACAUUCAUUGAUGUGUUGGGAACUAUUUCAUAUGAUUCGUGAAUUUCGCGAGCGUGCAAAACAGACUCCUAUUGAGAUUGGAAUUACAAAAAGACUGUUGGAGGAUCCGAAAAAGAUGAAAUUUGCUACUGCUGCUGCCAAACAUAUCAUUAAAUUGACACGAAAUGUACUAAAAAUAUAAUAGAAUUAUACGAAAAU